ACCUGCGGAACUUUGUUCAUUUUCGACGUCGUUCAUUCUUCAGUCAGGAUCAGAUUUUUGAUAGUCUGGAUAUCUAGAACUUCCUUACUUCUUCAAACCGGUAUAGUGAGUGUAAGACAGCACCACUGUAUUACAUAUUAUGGAUGGACCAGUCCAUCAUGGGCCUGUGGCAAACCAUACGGGUAUUACUAAUGGUGGAAGUGAGCAUGUACUUGUGAACGGCCACAACAGCUCAUCAGAUGAGACGAAAAGAUCCAAGGAGGGGAGUAGCAGCAAGCAUCAUGGGUCAUCAAAGCAUAGUGGCUCCUCGUCAUCUCACAACUCAAAGAGCAAGCAUGGAUCAUCCCACAGUGGAUCCUCAUUGAACCAUAGCUCUAAGUCAAAGGAGAGCUCCUCCAGCUCAGGAGUACCAAAGGAGUCUAGCUCAUCUUCAUCCAAACACCGUGAUGACAAGCACAAGCACAGCAGCAGCAGCAGCAAGUCCAAAGACUCAAGGUCAAAGUCAAGUAGCUCCUCAAAACACAAGGAAAGUAGCAGGUCAUCUUCAUCUAAACCAAAGGAUGGCUCCUCCUCUUCCAGUUCUUCAAAACACAAGGACAAACAGUCGAGUGACUCUUCAAAGCACAAAGACAAACACAAGUCUAGCCACAAGGAAAGUGAGAGGAGGUCAUCUAGCAGUACUCUCAAGGUAGAAAAUAUCAAACAAGAACCAAAGGACAGUGCAUUGGAUUUCAAAGUAAAGAGUGAAACCAUUACUAUAAAAACAAGUGUAAAGGAUGAACCAAUUGGUGAUGAAGAAAUGCCACUAAAUGUUUCAACAAACUCAAUAAAGAGUGAGCCACCAAAGCGAAAAUUUGUUCCCUCCGAUGACGAAGAUGAUGUGCCACUGUCAAUGCGUAUGGCACACGUUAAAAGGCAGAAAAUCUCAGCGUCGCAUGCUAAAAGCAAACAUGUGGACAGCGAUGAUGAGGAUGACAUUCCGUUGAGUGUACGCACACAGAAGAUCAAGAAAGAGAAACACAAAAAAGAGCACGAUAUCAGUAGCAAAGUUAAGAAGAAAGUUACAAAUACUUCGUCUGAAUCUGUAUCGCCAAAGAAGAAGGUGAAAAAAGAGGAGCCCGAAGAUCAUGUAUGGAAGUGGUGGGAGGAAGAAAAGAAGGAGGAGGGAGUGAAGUGGCGCUACCUGGAACACAGAGGACCCCUGUUUUCACCCAGCUACGAGCCCCUGCCUAAAAGCGUCCACUUUAAAUAUGAUGGAUCCGUGAUGAAGUUGCGUCCUGAAACGGAAGAGGUCGCGGGAUUCUACGCUCGAUUCAUCGAGCAUGACUAUACCACCAAGCCAGCAUUCAACCAGAACUUCGUUAAGGACUGGAGAAAGGUAAUGUCAUCUGAGGAGAGACAGACGAUCACAGAUCUAAGCAAGUGCAACUUCAGAGAGCUGUUCAAUCAUUACCAGCAGGUAUCGGAAGAUCGUAAGAACAGGUCCAAGGAACAGAAGAAGAAAUUGAAGGAAGAGAAUGAAGCCAUCCAGAAUGAGUAUGGGUUCUGCACGAUGGAUGGUUACAAGCAGAAGAUCGGUAACUUCCGCAUCGAGCCACCAGGCUUGUUCCGUGGUCGCGGUGACCACCCAAAGAUGGGCAUGCUGAAGAAACGCUUAAUGCCCGAGGAUGUGAUGAUCAAUUGUAGCAAGGAUUCUGAAUUUCCCAAGCCCCCGCCAGGCCACAAGUGGAAGGAGGUCCGCCAUGACAACAGUGUAACCUGGCUGGCGUCAUGGACAGAAAACAUACAAGGACAAAAUAAAUAUGUGAUGUUAAACCCUAGCUCAAAAUUAAAGGGUGAAAAGGACUGGCAGAAGUAUGAAACUGCACGCAAGCUUAAGAACCACGUUGAAAGGAUCCGAGCUGUAUACAGGGAGGAUUGGAAGAGUAAAGAGAUGAAAACUAGACAGAGGGCUGUGGCCCUCUACUUUAUUGACAAGCUGGCGCUGAGAGCAGGCAACGAGAAGGAGGAGGGCGAGACUGCGGACACGGUCGGCUGCUGCUCGCUGCGCGUCGAGCACAUCAAGCUGCACGAAGAGGUCGACGGACAGGAGUGCGUCGUCGAGUUUGACUUCCUCGGCAAGGACUCGAUCCGCUACCAGAACCGCGUGCCCGUUGAGAAGCGCGUCUUCAAGAACCUGCAGCGCUUCAUGGAGAACAAGCGCAAGGAGGACGACCUGUUCGACCGGCUCAACACAUCGAUUCUUAACAAGCAUCUUCAGGAUCUGAUGGAAGGCCUGACUGCUAAGGUUUUCCGUACGUUUAACGCCUCAAAGACUCUACAAGACCAACUAAGUCUCCUGACCAAAGCCGAGGAUCCCAUCACAGCCAAAAUUCUGUCCUAUAACAGAGCUAACCGAGCUGUUGCACUUCUAUGUAACCACCAGAGGGCAGCGCCAAAGACAUUUGGUCAGCAGAUGGACAGGCUAACGGAAAAGAUCAAAGAAAAGAAACUUGUUAUUAAGGCUGCCAAGAAGGAUAUGAAAGUAGCUAAACACGAGUACAAGGACACUGGCUCACAAGGCAAGGGAAAUCUCUAUGAGAAGAAGAAGAAAUCGGUUCAAAGGCUAGAGGAACAGUUGACGAAACUGGAGGUUCAAGCUACUGACAAGGAGGAAAAUAAAGAGAUUGCUCUUGGAACCUCCAAGCUGAACUAUCUUGAUCCCAGGAUUACUGUAGCAUGGUGCAAGAAGUGGGACGUCCCAAUAGAGAAGAUCUACAAUAAGACUCAGCGAGAUAAGUUCCGCUGGGCAAUUGACAUGGCUACUCCCGACUACGAGUUUUAACACAAGUGGUUUUUUUAGGAAAGAAGCGUACCUGUAAUUUUAUCAUGCUGGUAUAUGUUUAAAUGCAGUCAUCCACUUUUCGAACUUAAAAACAUAACGAGUUAUUUGUAGAUAGCGUGAACCCCGCUAUGGGCGAAUACAUAAUGCCAAUGACACAGUAUAGAAAUGCAGGGUAGUUCAUGCAUUCUUGUUAUGUGCAUAUUUCCUCUGAAACGUGUUCUUGGUGUGCUUACACAGUGUACUGGGUGAUAGGGAAGGUGUUAAAUAUUUACAAUGUAUUUUCACAACUGUAACUAUUAAUUAUAGUUCAUGAGUGACUCGCUUCAUAAAGUAGAAAGAUAGCAAUUGAACCUGGGUCCAAAAAUCAAAUAAGGCACAUAUUUUGGAAUCGUUCAAAUACUUGAAAUGCAAUGGUGCAACUAACAACGUUUCUGUACUUCGGCAUACUGAUAAGAAUUAUCCUUUAUUGUUAGUUGGUCAUUAUCGACAGUUGAUGCAGAAGAUGACGCCUGAUAACGACUACUGCUAUCAGCAUGUCAUCAUCCCGGUUUAUAUGCAUAUGACAGAACUUGUAUAUGAAUAGUCCAUACUAUUGUGUUGUGAAUGUAUCUCUCAGUAUUGUUUGAUGUUUUGGUGUUGCCUAAUGUGCAUGUAUGCAUUACCUUUCCAUACCUUUACCAUAUCACUCUAUACGAGGACUACAAGAUAGUGUUUUGUGUUUGCAUGACCUAUUUAAUCGAUUCAGCUGAUAUGUUCAGACAUUUAACAGUAUGAGAUCAUUGUUCUUAUGAUUAGGAAUGUUUAGGGCAGUGCUAAGUGCAUUUCAAGGUCGAAACAAGGCCUUUGUAAAGCAUGAGCACAUGAUAGCAGGUGAUGCUACUACUGUUCUUCACAUCUGUAUACUUUUCGGACGAAGCUUUCAUCAUCUCUGCACAUAAGAUUGUAACAUGCCAGUCUCGUCAUAUGUUAAAUUUUUGUAAUUUCUCAUACUGUUCUUGUAAACUUUCAAACCUAAUUGGGACCUUUCGGCAGAUGUGAUUAAACUGCGAGCCGUCAGUUCAGGUGUUUAUCAUUACAGUGUACGUAAUAUAUUUGUAUAGCUGUGUAUAGUAGCUACUUUUACCUUGAUCUUUCAUGUUUGCAUUUCUUUGCAUUCUUUUUAUGAACUACAGUGGUCGCGUAGUGCACUGAUUUCAGACGUCAAUUCAUUUGCUCCAAUGAAAACUAAUAUUACUCUUAAGCACUCCUUCUCUCAUCACAGGACCAUACGUGGUUGGCUGACUGCCUUCCAAGCACCACUUUAAUAGGAUUUUGUAUAGGGUGUAUGCAUAUGUACUAUAAUAUUUUAUCAUGAAUUUUAGGUGAGGGUUCUGUUGAAAGCAUUCAGCGUAUGUGUGAGAAGUAAGGAUUACACUAUUGAAGUGCAUUCCUGAACUGUUUGUUAUUGGAAAGUUGCAAUUUUAAACUUAGAAUAAUUUUAUUUAUUGCAGUUAAGUGUGGCAAUGCGCGUAUGGGGUGAUCACACCCUCAUCUGGUCGUCACAUUCCCCCACCGUAAAAUGAACUAAGCCGUGCUUUAAUCGCAUCUAGGUAUCCUAAUAAAAUAACUGCUAUAUCUUAUACAUAUAUAAAGUACAGUUUACUAACUAUAGUAGUCUUGACUUGUGUCUAACAUUAGUUUGCUCUGCUUUUAACUUGAAAUUUGUUAGUAUGCAGUAUAGUGCUAUAGUAACCAAUGGCCAAAGCAGCUCUACCACAAGUCAUUACUGUGCAAGCUGUAUCAUUUGGGUUCAACUGAAUUUCAUUUGCAUCAUUCCUGUAAAUCAAUUGUAAAAGGCACAUUGCAUGGUGCAUGUAUUAAAAUUUUGCAGCUUUAUAUCCUUAUCAGAAUUGGAUAUGUUUCACGUACCAUGAAAAUUUCAGCAAUGACAAUUAAUCUAGUGACUUAAAAAAUCUUUUUUUACGGUUCAAGAUAUUACAUCUACAUAACAAUUGUAUCAUUUGUAAACCCAGCUGUCACAAUAAAUACGCCAGUUGUGUACGUCA